CGCGCAAAUCUGUGGAAGAAAGAAAGAAAAAAAGAUGGAGAAGAAGCAAAAAUCAGAGAUAUCGUCAACGGAAGCAGUUCUUCUCGGAGCUCUAGCUCCAGGCGUAAAUGCUCCAACAUGGAACGCUCUGAGAUUCGCGUUUCUUCUGCUGGGUCUUUGUCUCACUUUCAUGCUCUCCAUAGCUUUCACCAGUGGCCAAUCCAUGCUACUUGUUCACGUUGGCUUCCUCAUUGUAAUCGCAUCUUCUCUCUUCGUCCUCCUCAAUUGGUUUCUUGCUCAGACCGGGUUAGUACCAGUUGAAACACAAAUGCAGGAGCUGAACUUGGCACCUACUGAUAAAAGCAAUUAAUCAAGCACCAAGCUAUGUUUUUGGUUACUCAGACGUAGACACAUAGUGACAGAACAUUCAUUAGUAAAGAUAUAAAGCAAUUACGAGGAUUGGAUUGGUGCAACCAGAAAAAUUCACUUUUAUCUUGGAAGUAUACAAUCAGCUUCUGCUUUCCUCAAACUCUAUUCUUGUUUUAUUUUCUUUCUUUGGCUUGAGGAUGCAGAAGCACGAACAGCAAGGGUACACAAGAACAUCAUCUUGAUCAGGGUUUGGUUUUGCUGAAUUCUCCAACACUAUCUCCUUUCCUUUGUUUGUAAUUCUCGGAAGCUAUUCCAGACUAAGUUUGGUCCUUUCAUGUAAGAAGAUGAUUAUUGUUUACAAUGGAUUCAAAGGUUGAACUCAAAUUCAUCCCUCAAGUAAGAAACAAAAGAACUUGCAAAAACUUAUGAAGUUUAUUUUUUUUAUGGGGAUUAUGUACAACCAAACCUUUUCUUGUUAUGUUUUCAUUCUCUUACAAAAUUGAGCAACAAAUACAAGGAAACAAGAUGCUAACUAUAGGUUAUUACAACUUCCCAACUUGAGACAGUUUUCUUACUUGUGCAUCUCUCUAGUUGUUCAUAUAUGCAGGAGAAGGUUUUCUUAACCUCUGACCAUUCUCAUUGAGCUCUUUCUCUCUCAGGUACCGAAGAAACGGUCCAGGGUCAUCACUGAAGCCAUAAGCCUCUUUUGUGCUUUGUUGACCGUUGCUGAACUUUUGUCCUCUAGAUUCAUGGUCUUCCAUGUAGAGCUGAGGAUAAAACAUUGAGUUUUCAGAAGAGAUUAUCGACUGAUCAUCUGGUGUGCCGUACCUAGCUAAGAGACUAGACUUGGAAUACCCAUUAGCCAAGAAGUUUCUCAGAUUGUUUGUCCCCUGACCCUGGUAAGAAUAGGCUGGUCUAAGAUUCUGGCUUUCUCUGUAUCUACGCAACCAUUCAGAAGAAGAAAUCCCAACAACUGGUGGGUUUGUGUAUGACUUCAUGAAACCAGGUGGUUCCAUAUAUCUUGUCUGGUCUGCUUUGUUCAUACUAACACCAUUGUGAAACCAAGAAGCAUCUUCAGGCAGUAAUGGAGCAGACGGAGUAGGAGGUGAAUAUGAAGAAGCAGGACGCUCGGUUCUGCUAUUAACUGAUAGACUGUCAAAGGAUGUCACAGGACCUGUUUCAUCAAUAGGGCUUAAACCAUUUGGUUUACUUUUCUCUUUACUCUUGUCAACUACCCACGCGCUCAGUGAUGGUGGUCUUUCUGAGAUGCUGCGUUCUUCUAGAUGCUGAACUGUAUUCUUAAGACCUUGCGUGAAGCUGAAACUUUCAGAGUUAGUAUCCUGUGAGCUAUGGUUCACGAUGAGUGAUGAGGUACGUCUUAGGCUUUCAUCAGACGAAGUUGUUUGAUUUCCUGAAGCUGUGUUAUCAGAGCUGAUUGGCUUCGUUGCAAUGCCAGAAGAAGAGAUUGGAGCAGAUUGACACCUUACGAGCGGCUUGAGAAGAAUGACUUCUUCCUCUUCUGCAGGCACAGAUCUUUCAUUCCCACAAGGGAUGAUCUCAACUUUUCCAAUAGUAACACGUUUUCUGUUGCUUCCAUCUCCAUUUCUGUGAGAGAACUCUUCUUUGCAUUGUCUUUCACCUGAAGUUGUGUAGAAACGAGUCCCUUGCUUGUCAAAGAGUAACCACUUUUGAGAACCCUCCUUCUGUUUACUUGUGAUCUCAAUAGCGGAAUUAACAAUCCGUUGAAGACGAAGCUCUCUACCUCUUUCAAAACUCUCUCUUAGAUCCAUAUGACUUGAGAAAUCUAGAAGCAGAUAUAUCGGAGCCAGAGGAGCCAAAGACCUCAGUUGAUGAUCCUCCCAAAGAGCUACCAUCACUUUACCAGAACAGUUUUGUCCUUUAACCUUUAAGCUGUUCAAGAAAUCAACUAGUUUGCUAAAGAAGUAAGAGAUGGCAAUCUCGCUCUUCUCCUCAAGUCUGCAUUCUUCUUCCUCUGCCUUGUGAAGCAGAAACGGUAAGUAGUCAAGAAAUACAAGUAGAGCAGGUA